CUGUUACGUACAAGAAGGAUCAUGUAGGUUUUUAUACCAGACGAGGGCUUAAUUAUUUCGAUUGAAUCGAAUAUAUCACUUAGCAACAUGGUUUAUUGGGACAGAUAGUAUGAGGACAACAUCGUUUCCGAAAAAGGCAUGCUUCGUGCUUCGUUUAGGCGACUCUCGUCCCUGCGGCAUGUUGUUGCUGGGAAAGGAACCGCGACCAGGGGUAGGAAAACUGUGUUCUGGCAGCUACCCACUGGGCAAAGUGUCUCGCACUCGCUAACGAUUAGUACUGCCAGGGGAAAAAAUUCAACACGCGUUCUGCUGAGGCGAUUCGCUAGCGGAGGGAGUGAGCAGAUAGGUGGGAGCAGUUCCUCUUCGGCGUCGAGCAGGUCAGCGUCCCUAGGAAAACGGAUUUUCGGCGGCGUCCUCGUGGGGACAUCGACUGUUGCGUUUGCACUCGCAGGAGGCGUGGUCUUCUAUGAAGUUUAUGCGCGUAGUCGGGAAAAUGAGGUGGACGAGGUAGCUGAGGUCUUGAAGCCGAUUGUUCGGACGACACCAGUACGUGGUCGGCCCAAUCCUGCUGAUCCUUCCCAACACGAUCAUGGUGGGACGAAAGAAGCCGCAGGAGGAGCAGAUGCGUCCCCGUCGGCGAAAGAUUCAACUCCCGGUCGUGACGAUCCGGGUUCGCAACGUAAGAAAACAGAGGGAGUCGAUUCGACGUCGGUGGUUUCAACAGCGAAUGCUGAGGUGGCAGGUGCAGGAUGGAAUGACGAGGAACAUGCCGGGGGCUUUCACAAUCCCACCGAAGCCCAUGUGGGUUGGUUUCAGCUUCUGUUCCGCGUGCUCAAGCUGUCCGAGAUCUUUGUGCCGGUGCUCGUGCUCUGGUUCCCAUACUGGUACUUUGCACCUUGCCAGGUCCAGUACAUCGAGGACCCAGCGCAAGUCCGGAAAUUCCGCUACGACGAGAACGCUGGCACGGCAGAGAUCGUGGCAGCUCCUGGCGAAGCAGCUACAGAAACUAGUAUAGCAGAUGGUGGAACUCGAAUAG